UUUCCGAAAACAUUCCUAAGGUUAAACAAAUGAUAGAAACAUUCCUAUAUGUCUUUUACUUGUGAUUAGUCACGGAGAUACUUAGAAUACAGAUAUAUAUACUGUAUACUGUUGGUUGUCCCAUGUAUCUUGUGUUGCAUGGUUGCAAAGUUUAUACUAUCAAUUUUAAUUUUCUGUAAGAAAACUUAGGUCUGUGAUUCAGCAAAGUGUUACGAGAAAAAUGAACUGUCAAUUUUCGUUUUUUCUCUUAGGAAUCUUUCUCGGCAUAGUUCCCUCGUUUGCUGCUUAUGAGGGACCUAUUUACGAUCACUCUGCAUAUACUGAGUGUAAAUCAGUGCCUGAAGAACCGCUUUACAAUGGUGGAAUAAUGAAGGAUUAUUGGACAAUGGAAGAUCAAGAUAUUCAACCUGAGAAAAAUUCUUAUUCCUUUGUCCUCAACAAUCUCUCUGGUGAUACCAUUUAUAGUUUCUCCAGUUGGGUACAGAUACUUGAUGCAGAUUCAGCAGUGAUAAAGGCAAGCCUAAAAACAGCUAAUGGUACAGUAAAAUGUGUUGGAAAUGUCAUUGCUAGGUCAGGGUGCUGGUCAUUUUUAAAGGGUGGAUUUGUGCUUGAUUUUCCUUCUUCCUUUGCUCUCUUGUCAUUUCAGAGAUCAGAUGGGCAAGUGUUAAAUAUUUCUAUUACUAGUGUUUCUUUACAGCCAUUUACUUAUGAACAAUGGAGAAGAAACCAACAAGACAUGAUCGAUAAAAAAAGAAAAUGCACAGCAACUAUACAUAUAUCAGAUGUGCAAGGAAAUAGACUGCCCGGAGCAUCAAUCAUAGUAGAGCAAGUGUCUAGAGAUUUUCCACUUGGUUCUGCCAUCAGAAACACAAUUCUUGGAAAUCCACCAUAUCAGAAAUGGUUUAAAGAGAGGUUCAAUGCCGCGGUUUUUGAAGAUGAACUGAAGUGGUAUUCAACAGAACCACAACAAGGAGAAGUAAACUAUACAAUACCUGAUCAAAUGCUGGAAUUCGUUCGAGCUAACCAAAUCAUUGCCAGAGGCCACAACAUAUUCUGGGAAGAUCCAAGAUUUGUUCCUUCAUGGGUUCGUAAUUUAACCGGUCCAGACCUUAAAUCAGCUGUAAAUUCCAGGAUACAAAGUUUGAUAAGUAAAUACAAGAAUGAGUUCAUUAAUUGGGAUGUUGACAAUGAAAUGCUUCAUUAUGAUUUCUAUGAACAAAGACUUGGUACCAAUACUAGUCUGGAGUUUUUCAAAACAGCACAGGAUUUGGAUCCUUUAGCUAAAUUGUUUAUGAAUGACUAUAAUGUUGUAGAGACAUGCUAUGACAUGAAUUCAACAGUUGAUGCCUAUAUUUCCAAAUUGAGAGAUUUGAAACAAGGUGGAGUAUUUAUGGAUGGAAUUGGCCUAGAAGGACAUUUUACAGUACCAAAUCCUCCCCUUAUCAGAGCUGUUCUAGACAAAUUGGCUACACUUGAACUUCCCAUAUGGCUUACAGAAGUUGAUAUCAGCAAUACACUUGAUAAACAAACUCAGGCUAGAUAUCUAGAGAUGGUAUUAAGAGAGGGAUUUUCGCAUCCAGGUGUUAAUGGAAUCAUGCUUUGGACAGCAUUACAUACUAAUGGAUGUUAUCAGAUGUGUUUGACAGAUAACUAUUUUCAUAACCUUCCUGCUGGGGACGUAGUCGAUAACUUGCUGAAAGAAUGGCAAACUGGGGUGGUGAAUGGGCAGGCUGAUGAACAUGGCUCAUUUAGCUUCUCUGGGUUUUUAGGUGAAUACAAGAUUACAGUCAUAUUUGGCAACAGAACAGCUAUUUCAACAUUCUCACUAUACAGAGGUGAUGAAACCAGACACUUAAAUAUUCAGUUGUGAUGGUGUUACUAAUUAGAUGUAAUUGUUAUACAAGUUCACAUUGAGUUUGACA